AUUUACAAUUGGCUCAUUCAUCCCCCAGGUUGUUGGUGUAAAUAAGAAUGUGUUCUCAGUCAAUUUACCGGGUAAAAAUAGAGUAUAUAAUUUGACUAAGCUGCUAUGCAAAGAAAUAGUUUGACUCUGACUGUAUCCUUGUAAACCAUGUCAUUGAGGAAAUAAUCUCAAGGAUAUUAGAACGCAGCCGCGUUCGAGCUAAAGGUUUGAAACUGUGGCGCUGUUACGCCAUUUUGACUCUCAUAGCCCGUCUUUCCUAAUGUAAAACAGGGCUUUGAGCCAAAAUGGUAAUUGUUUCCCAAAAUAGUCUUGCGUUGGUCAGCUGAUCACGGCUCAUCCCCUUCGGAAAUACAUUUUCUUAAAGGCCCUGGAACAUUGCACAGUAAGAAAAGAUGGACACUUCCAAGCUUCCUAAAAUCCGUGAUGAGGAGAGGGAAAGCGAGUUUGGAUAUGUACAUGGAGUUUCUGGGCCAGUGGUGACAGCUACCGCCAUGGCAGGAGCGGCCAUGUACGAGCUUGUGCGUGUGGGCCACAGUGAGCUGGUGGGAGAGAUCAUCAGGCUGGAGGGAGACAUGGCAACCAUUCAGGUCUACGAAGAGACCUCUGGUGUGUCUGUCGGAGACCCUGUCCUUCGGACAGGAAAGCCCCUGUCUGUAGAGUUGGGGCCGGGAAUCAUGGGAUCCAUCUUUGAUGGUAUCCAGCGUCCCCUCAAAGACAUCAAUGACCUCACUCAAAGCAUAUAUAUCCCUAGAGGAGUCAACAUUGGGGCCCUCAACCGUGACCUCAAGUGGGAGUUUACACCUGGCCAGAGUCUUCGAACCGGCAGUCACAUAACAGGUGGGGAUAUCUAUGGCACAGUGUUUGAGAACUCCCUAAUCAAGCACAAGUUGAUGCUCCCACCCCGGAGCAGAGGCACUGUCACCUACGUGGCCCCUCCUGGAAACUAUGAUGUCAAUGAUGUGGUGCUGGAACUGGAGUUUGAGGGUUUGAAGGAGAAGUUUACCAUGAUCCAGGUCUGGCCAGUGCGACAGAUUCGCCCGGUCACAGAGAAGCUGCCUGCCAAUCACCCCCUGCUUACUGGCCAGAGAGUGUUGGAUGCUCUCUUCCCGUGUGUCCAGGGAGGCACCACCGCUAUCCCAGGAGCCUUUGGUUGUGGCAAGACUGUGAUCUCCCAGUCCCUGUCCAAGUAUUCCAACAGUGAUGUCAUCAUCUAUGUGGGCUGCGGAGAGCGUGGAAAUGAGAUGUCUGAAGUGCUGAGAGAUUUCCCUGAGCUUACAAUGGAAGUGGAUGGAAAGGUGGAAAGUAUCAUGAAGAGAACAGCGCUAGUGGCCAACACUUCCAACAUGCCUGUCGCUGCUAGAGAGGCCUCCAUUUACACAGGAAUCACUCUGUCCGAGUACUUCAGAGACAUGGGCUACAACGUCAGUAUGAUGGCCGACUCCACCUCCCGAUGGGCAGAGGCUCUCAGGGAGAUCUCAGGACGAUUGGCUGAGAUGCCUGCUGACAGCGGGUACCCUGCCUACCUGGGAGCCAGACUGGCCUCCUUCUAUGAGCGUGCUGGCAGGGUGAAGUGCCUGGGCAACCCAGAGAGAGAGGGCAGCGUCAGCAUUGUUGGAGCUGUGUCUCCCCCUGGUGGAGACUUCUCGGAUCCUGUUACUUCAGCUACGCUGGGUAUUGUACAGGUGUUCUGGGGUCUGGAUAAGAAGCUGGCGCAGAGAAAGCAUUUCCCCUCAGUGAACUGGCUGAUCAGCUACAGCAAGUACACGCGGGCGCUGGACGAGUACUACGACAAGCACUUCCCUGAGUUUGUGCCGCUUCGCACCAAGGCCAAGGAGAUCCUGCAGGAGGAGGAGGAUCUGGCUGAGAUUGUGCAGCUUGUGGGAAAGGCAUCUCUCGCUGAGACCGACAAGAUCACAUUGGAGGUUGCUAAACUACUCAAGGAUGACUUCCUGCAGCAGAAUGGCUAUACUCCAUACGACAGGUUCUGCCCUUUCUACAAAACGGUGGGUAUCCUCUCCAAUACGAUUGCGUUCUACGACUUGGCGCGACAUGCAGUCGAGACCACGGCUCAGAGUGACAACAAGAUCACCUGGUCCAUGAUCCGGGAGCACAUGGGAGAGGUCCUCUACAGGCUCAGCUCCAUGAAGUUCAAGGACCCAGUGAAGGAGGGCGAGGUCAAAAUCAAAGCAGACUACGCCCAGCUACUGGAGGACAUGCAGAACGCCUUCCGUACCCUGGAGGACUGAGCUCUCACCUCCCCUCUGAGGCCCCCCAGUCCCUGUGCUGUGCCGUGCAGUAUCUCAGUGGCCCCUGUUUUGUGAAACCUUGCUGCAGUGACCGUCACACCUCAGUCAUUCCUAAGUGUUCAUUCCUCUACAUUCCAACACUGUUUAAGCCCCCCGUUUACAACCCUUGCUCUUUUUAUUUCACCAUAUUGUCUUGUACGAGGCUACUGGAAUAUUUUCUCCCAAGUGGCGCUACGGUCUAAGACACUGCAUCUCAGUGCAAGAGGCGUCACUACAGUCCCUGUUUCGAAUCCAGGCUGAAUCACAUCCGACCGUGAUUGGGAGUCCCAUAGGGCGGCGCACAAUUGGCCCAGCGUCGUCCGGGGAAGGCUGGCAUUGUAAAUAAGAAUCUGUUCUUAACUGACUUGCCUAGUUAAAUAAAAUAAAAAUGUAACUUGAAUUCAUUGAUACCAAAUCUCACCAAUAGUCUAUUAACAUUACAAUACCAUCAUCCCUGACCACAUCGCAUGGAUGUGCUGCUCCUCUCCCUUCAGCCCCCUCGUCAUCCAUGAUGAGCACACGACUACAGCCGUUAUUGCAGGCCAAUAUACAUUGGGCCCCAAUCAGGUGCUACACUUGCACUUAACUACUAGCUGCAACACAUGGCCUCUCAAGUGGCGUGUCACUUUCAUCUCCCAGGUGUGACCACCAACAAUAGAUUGUUAACAAAAAUGGGAACGUACACAUGGUUAAAGGGACAGAGGCACCUUGUUUAUUUCAGGUUGAGGCCCUCUUCCUCUCCCCGCCUCACAGAUGUGAUUUUUGCUCUUCCAUCUCUCUGGGUAUAUUGAUGUUGAUGUUAAUGUUGUUUUUGUGUUGUGUGGAUAUGUGCGACGGAGAUGGUGUGUAUGUUAGAAUCGGUUUUCUCCACAAAGGUAUAUUUAUGUCACAUGUAUUGUAUGGAGUCUAAUGAAAAUAAAUUAAUUGGGAACAAUA